AUGUCUUUCUUUCGCAGCCGCCGCAGGGUUCAGCAAGAUGCCGACAACACCAGCAUGCGCUCUAGCAUCGUUAUGCCGGGGCCCCCGUCGCGCACACCGACAUUGAAUGGCGACUCGGCCUCGCUCCUCAGCAAGCUUGGGACCCCGCGGGCGGGCAAAAGACUGCAGACGUUCUCGCUCCUCAGCGCGAAGUUCUCGCCGCUGGGGAAGCGGCCAAAAUCCUCGAGUGGCUUGAGUAUGGCCGCCCCGGUUGGACACACUGUCGAUUUCCCGCGGACGUUCUCACGCGAGAGCACGCCCUCUCCGACACCUUCGCUGGAGGAAAUUCGCAUGCCGUUAGGGCUGGGAAGGCCCGCGAGCAUGAUGGGAGACGCAGAGGAUGCACCUCAAACACCGCGCACGCCCACACGCGAACGCCGCCGAAGGUCCAUCAGUCUACCAAACCGCGUGGGGAGCGAACAGAAGCAGCUGGGUGCGAAGCUCGGGUCGACAGCGGAAGACAGUCCGGUCAUCACCCGCAUACCUUCAGAGCUCUGGCAGGUCGUGUUCUCGUUCGCGUCGCGCUCGGAUGUCCUGGCGUUGUCACGCGUCUCAAAAGCAUUCCUCAUUCCUGCCCUGCGCGUUUUAUACCGCAAGAUCGACAUGCGCAUCAUCUCCCCAGACCAUGUGGAACAGUGCAUGUCGUUGUUCGCCUCCAAGAGAUCUGUCGCCACCUGCGUACACGAGUUUGCUAGCGGUACGCUGCCUUCAUCUAAGGAUAGCGCACCCUCUUUCGGCAUCGUGACUUACGCUAUUGCAUUCAACAACAUGGACCGGCUGCAAUCACUCGUUAUCCCAUGGUUCGAUGCACAUAUAUUCCGUCACACGACGUUCCGCUUGAAGUCACUCACCCUCCUCUCGCAGUCCAUAUCCGCGGACGAGUACCGCGCAUUGAUGUCCUGGCUCGCUGAUCAGACCGCCUUAGUCGACAUCUCCUUUCCUGACCUCCAUCUCGACAAGCCAUAUGACCUUGAUAUCGGUGCUUCCGAGCAGUCCUCUCAGACGGAAUUGCCAGACACACCCACACAAUCUACGACGACCAGGCGACUAUGGCCCGCUCAUCUACUUCCUCACCUGAUUUCCUUCCAUGGCCCGGCAUCAAUGGCUGCGGUGGUAGUUCCAGGACGCCCCGUGUCGACUGCUGUAAUUCAUGUGCACUCGACCCUGUGGGAGGGUCUAAAGCCCUCUGCCGUCAUGUCCGGGCUGACGCAAUCGAGUGCUUGCUUGACCCACCUCACCAUAAAGUCAACGUCAACCCACGUUGAUGCACGGACUCUUGAGCGACUCUUUAUGUCCGCGGGAUCCGAGUUGGGCGGUCAGCUGGAGGUUCUGGACAUUGAGUGGGUUCUCGGCGACGAGGUGCUUUACAAACAGGUACUUCCGAUGAUGCCUCGACAUCGCACACUGCACGUGUUGCGCAUGUAUCGUACGGGCUUGCUCCCGCUAUCAUCAUCCGAAUCUCCGAUGGAGGACCUGCCUACUCCCCCUCUAACGGCAACGAACAUACCGCCGCCCUCUGCUCUGCCGACCCCUCUCCCGUCGCCCUUUCCUAUUAGUCGACCGGGCUCAGCGGCCAGCGGUUCGGGCUCACAGCCUCCUCGUGCACGCGAAGAAGCGUACCUGAGCUCUUGGGGCAAGCACUGCUCCUCGCUACGAGAAGUUGUAUUCCUAUCUGGCGCCAGAUGGCGCCGCGAGCGUAUCAGCGCGUUUUUGAUGCCUGGCGAGCAUCUGCCCGCGCCGACGUUCCGAUUCGUCGGCUUGACGUCAUGUCGGGACUGACGGUGCAGCGGGUUAUUCAUCAACGGAGUGCUUUGCGAUUACCACUCAUGUGCACGCUGACCAGUGACAGCGCUGGCGCGAUCUGACAAAUUUGGGCGAUGUGCCGUACGACUCGACCAAGCUGGGAGCGCGUAAUCGGCAAGGCGAUCACAUCGUCGGACGGAGUCACGUUGAAAGUAUAGGAGCACAGCAAACGCCUCGGCCAUAAGAGCCAUAUACCCAUGAUGGGCGGACACCGGUCUUGUCACAGUAGGCAUACCUUUAAUAUCUGAGAGUACUGUAUGACGCUGUAGUUCUGCACAUUGCUAUUGGUUUUUUCUGCUUCUUCGUGCUCUGGAAUCAAACGUGUCUGAUCAUC